AGCAAGCAGGCAAGAGAGAUCCAAACAGCUGCAGCUAUAAUUGGCAUUAAAUGUAACCAGUGUGGAUAUUCCAUUCUGUUCUUCCACCCAACCAGGGCAAAGCUUCCAUGGGAAGGCAGGGACGUUUUGUGGUAGCACGUUAGAAAGCGCCGCUCCUGACAUAAUGUGUCACUGAGCGGACAGCUGGAGUAAAGAACAUGAAAGUUUAGACUUUUCCACCAGCGUUUUUAUUUCACAUCGUUUUAGCAACGUGGUGUCUUUGGAAAUUGUAAAGAAUGGAACAGCCAGCGCCCAAAAGCACGUUGAAAAAGCUGAGUGAAGACAGCUUAACGAAGCAGCCAGAAGAAGUUUUUGAUGUUCUAGAAAAGCUGGGUGAAGGAUCCUAUGGCAGUGUUUACAAAGCAAUACAUAAGGAAUCUGGUCAAGUGGUUGCAAUCAAACAAGUGCCUGUUGAAUCGGAUCUUCAAGAAAUUAUAAAAGAAAUUUCAAUAAUGCAGCAGUGUGACAGUCCGUAUGUAGUAAAGUACUACGGCAGCUAUUUCAAGAAUACUGACUUGUGGAUUGUUAUGGAGUACUGUGGAGCAGGUUCUGUAUCUGACAUUAUCAGACUGAGAAAUAAAACGCUUACAGAAGAUGAGAUAGCAACCAUUCUGAAGUCAACACUUAAAGGACUAGAGUAUCUUCAUUUUAUGAGGAAAAUUCACAGAGACAUCAAAGCUGGAAAUAUUCUUCUGAAUACAGAGGGACAUGCAAAACUAGCUGACUUUGGUGUUGCUGGGCAGCUAACAGACACAAUGGCUAAACGUAAUACUGUCAUUGGCACCCCAUUCUGGAUGGCACCAGAAGUUAUUCAAGAAAUUGGUUAUAACUGCGUGGCUGACAUCUGGUCGUUAGGCAUUACUUCAAUAGAAAUGGCUGAAGGCAAGCCACCGUAUGCUGAUAUUCAUCCAAUGAGGGCUAUUUUUAUGAUUCCCACGAACCCACCUCCUACAUUCAGGAAGCCGGAGCUGUGGUCUGACGAGUUCACUGAUUUUGUAAAGAAAUGUCUGGUGAAGAACCCUGAGCAGAGAGCUACUGCAACUCAGCUUUUACAGCAUCAGUUUAUUAAGAAUGCUAAGCCUGUGUCCAUACUACGGGAUCUAAUAACAGAAGCUAUGGAGAUCAAGACCAAAAGACACCUGGAGCAACAGAGGGAAUUGGAAGAGGAGGAGGACAAUUCGGAUGAAGAGGUUGAAGUAGAUUCCCACACCAUGGUAAAGACCAGCUCAGAAAGCGCUGGCACAAUGAGGGCUACUAGUACGAUGAGCGACGGGGCCCAGACAAUGAUCGAACACAACAGCACCAUGCUGGAGUCUGACCUGGGGACGAUGGUCAUUAACAGUGAUGAGGAGGAGGAAGAGGAGGAGGUGGAUGGCACCAUGAAAAGAAAUGCUACUUCACAACAAGCACAAAGACCUUCCUUCAUGGAUUACUUUGACAAGCAGGAUUCGAAAAAUAAAGCUCAUGAAAACUGCAAUCAAAACAAGCAGGAGCCUUACCAUAUAGCAAAGAAUAUCUUCCCAGAUAAUUGGAAGGUUCCACAGGAUGGUGACUUUGACUUUUUGAAGAACCUGAGUUUCGAAGAGCUACAGAUGAGACUGACCGCCCUGGACCCCAUGAUGGAGCGAGAGAUCGAGGAGCUGCGCCAGCGAUACACAGCAAAGCGUCAGCCCAUCCUGGAUGCCAUGGACGCCAAGAAGCGCAGGCAGCAGAAUUUCUAAAGGAUGCCCCAGACAUUCCUUUCCUACAGACUGCAAAUGCAGAAUGUAUUCUGGCUACCUUAAACAGAUCAUUUGCAUUAAAGGGUGCCAUUUAAAGCAGCCGUUUCUAUUUCCAACAGUCUUAUUCAUCAACACUAUAUGGACACUAGAAAAAGUUAAGUUGUGCUUAAAAUGUAUUUAAUUGAAGGUUUGAGUAAGAGUUUGGGCAUUCAUGUCUUUUCUUUUUUUUUUGGUUAGUUUACUGUUGGCCAUCUUUCACUGGAUCUUUUUAGUAACACAUUACGGAUGAAUGGGAUUCCAGAAGACACACAGAAGUACAAACCAAAGGGAAUUGUCUAGGAAACCUGUUGCACUAGCAACAGCAGAUGAAGAUUGGGUGCCUUUUUAGUCUUUCAUUUUGUGUACUGCUUUAACUAGUUGGUACUGCAGCAGUCCCCUAUUCAGGGAACAAACAGUGGGGGAAAAAAGCCAGACUGGAAUGUUAGCGUAAAAGGGUAAUAAUCAAGGCUUCUGUAUAAAUAAUCAUUUUCUAAUAAUAACUUAAAUUCAAACAACUUUUUGGUGUUACUUUCCUAGCAGAAUCUCCGUAUGGAGCAAAACAUUGAUGGCAUCGUUGACAGUGUGCAUAUUGAAUCCAGCAGGUGUGGGAGUCUUGAGUGAUGACAGAAGCAUCUCAGUACAGCUGAUCAUCAGGAAUUAACACCAGCCUGAGUUGCUGAAUCUACCAAUAGAAGAAAAACCAUGUCGAUUCAGCCUCUACUUGUAAGCUUUUGGCAGCAAUACCGUAAUAUCUCAUUCCUGUGAUAACCAGGGUGACAUUGCUUUUUUAUUUGAAAUUUGAAUGCAGGUAAAAUUUCUGUAAAAAAAGAAUACUUCUACCAAAGCUGCGUCUUAUGUCAGCACGCCUGUCUCCACCCCACAGGAGACAAAACUGUGUGCAGGACGAUGCUCAGUGCCAUUUUCUAUUUCAGCCUUUCAGCUAUACACAGAGAGUGACUCACCAUUCGAGAGAGUGAAAAUUCGCUAUCUUUGACCAGAAGCAGUCAGAUAAGCCUGUCUUAUUUUAUUUCUGCUUGUUUUUUCCCCCAUGGGAUAAACCGCUGAAGAAAAAAUUGUUUAAAUAAUUUCACUGUGUUUUUCACCGCGAGUCUGUUUUCGCUUGUCUCAUGGUCGAGGUCUCGCAGCACUAAUAGCUGCUCGACGGCAGCUUUGGCUCUCCCAGGCACGAGUGCCUGAUGGGGACAAGGCCUCCCUUUUGUAUGCCCUGGUCAACCCAGGCCAUGCGUUCGCUCAAGUGGUUGACAAACUUUUGCUGAGCUCCCAGAAGGCACGCGAAUCCACCAAAGAUCUGGUUCGCUUGCUGCCCAAAAAGCAAACGGUGCCUUGGCACUCUAGGGCUCAGCAGCCCCAGACUCAGUGGUCGGCAGUGCCUGCAGGUCAGGGGGUUCCCCACCAUAGGGGCGGCCAGAUACAGAGGGGGCACCGCCGGCAAUAUCACCGACCGCUUUACACACAAAAAUCAAUGGCGAAACCACCAGCAACUCAGAUUACUGGCGAUCAAGCACCACGGACAUCUGGGUGCUUUCCACAGUACAGCUCGGCUGCUCACUCCAGUUCAAACAGGGUCCUCCCCCCUUUUCAGGAGUGGUUACGACUUCUGUCUUCAACCCUCAAGACGUCCUGGUGAUGUUCCAAGAGGUGAAGACUCUGUUACAUGUCCCGAACUUUUCAAGGGACUGCUUACAAGUUCUGUGUUCUGCCGUUCUGCCUUUUUCUCUAGCCCCUCACAUCUUUUCGAAGUGCAGGGAGGCUGUCCUGGCCCCUCUGAGGCUGCAAGGCAUCAGAAUGCUCAACUACCUGGAUGACUGGCUCAUAUGUGCAGAGUUUCCAGUGCAGGCAGUAGCGCACAUGGAACUGGUGACUGCUCACCUUGACAGUCUCAGCCUGACCGUGAACUUGUCAAAAAGCCAGCUGGUACCGUCCCAGACUUCCAUCUGUGUUACGUUGACAGGACAAAAGGUUGGCAGCAAUCUGAGCAACUGUUUAUAUGCUUUGGAGCUAAUAACCAAGGUCAUGCCCUAUCAAAACAGAGGCUGUCCAAUUGGAUUGUGGAGACAGUCAAGAUUGCUUACGAGCAAGCCAAUUUGCCCCUUCCAGAGGUCACAGGUCAUUCCACCAGGGGUGUUGGGCAUUGUUUCAGGGUGCAUCGCUCUCUGACAUUUAUGAUACAGUGGUGUGGGCCACAUUUUCACAAGAUUUUACAGGCUUAAUGUCCUGGAUCCUCAGAACCUUUACUUUGGAACCAGAAUGCUGACAGCGGCGUCUCAGGUAAUUAUGCGUUCUGUGGACGUUACCGUGCCUUAUAAUUAUGGCAAGCCAUCAGUCUCGCCAAAUUGGUUGUUCUGCAAGUCAUGUCCUUGUGACAGCAUGGGUAUAUUUACCCAUUAUGUAAUGGAAUACAUUUCAUACUUCAAAGGGAAUGUUAGGUUAUUAUCGUAACCAUGGUUCCCUGAAAUAGAAAUGUAUCCAUUACAAUUAUUUGGUUGCUGUGUACAUACUAUGCAGUAGGCUGAAGAAAAUGUAUGGCACUGAGUGCCAUCCUGCAUGCAGUUUUGUCUCCUGUGGGGGUGGAGAUGCAGCUUUGGUAGAAGUGUUAAGUUAAACCGGCUGUAAUAGGUUAACCCAUCGUGUAAUGGAUACAUUUCUAUUUCAGGGAACCAGGGUUAUGAUAAUAACCUAACGUUUCAUUUAGUUCCCAUCUCAUAAAUUCAGCUGCUGUCAAGCUCUGAAUAAUAUAUGUUUUUUAAUGUUUUUGCUGCAACUAUGUGGAACUAUUGCUCUUUAACUGGUUAUUAUAUCCCAUCGGGUUAGCCGCUAGUUUCUAUAUCUAAAGUGACAAGUUAAAUCUGAAUCAGUUUAGCUCCAAGAUAAUUGAAGAUAUAGCUAACCUGGGAAGCAGAAAAAAUGACAGGUCACUGGCCAGAAUGCUGUUAUGCUAAUGAGAGAUAAGAAUGUUUUUCAAGCCUUGAUUUAUUACCCCUUUUAAAAAACAAAUGGGGCAACAAUAAUGAGCCACUUGGUAUGGGACCAAUUGGUAUGUUGAACAGUAGCUUUAGGCUUAUUUUGGUAGUUACUGUAUGUUUCCUAUGUGUUAAAUAAAUUGUUGUCCUUUUACAAUUGUUUGCUGAAGCAUGUCUUGGUAACCGCUUUGUAAGGAUGCCAGUGCUUUAUGAAUACAAUCUUUAGUAUUUGUUUUAAGCCAGUCACAUUCAAACAUUAUUUAUUUUAUGAUGUAAAUACAUUUGGAGAGAAAAAAAAACAUUUAAUUACAAACUCAGAACUAGCUAUUUGUGUUCUUAAAAAUUAAGUGAUGUACAAAAUAGUUAAAUGAUUACUUUUAAGAAUUUCAAAGUAAAGUAUUUUGCCUGGGUAUUUCCUGGAAAUUUAAAUUUCUAGGUCCAGUUUCCUGCACCUCUUUUCCUAAAAUCUAUAAAAUACUACUAAUCUUUCAAAACUAUAUGUUAGAAAAAACAUGUAUGUUUUAGUUUAUGAGCUGAGUUUGCCCAAGUUGUUUCUUAAUAGUUUUGUAAAACUAAACUGCAUCUUUUGCACUGCCUUGAGUAAUGUGUGCUGACUUUGUAAUUGACCAUCUCUUUUAAUGAGCAGAGACCCCCUAAUAAGUUUUCCAGUAUUGGCAGAAAGAGAAAAGCUGGUGUUAAUUAAGGAUGGUAUACUGAGAUUUAGAUCCGCAUUGUCAGAAAGGAAUUGAUUUCUGUAGUGGAUUGUGGCACAGUACAUUAUGUCUGCAUGAAGUUGCAGUUAAAGGCUGCAUUGUCUUUUUUACAAUACAGGGUGUGUGACAAGGUCCUAAUAAAUGUAGGUUCAGGUCUCUUAAAAGUCGUUAAAUCUGCAAGAGCUCCAUCAUUCAGCAGUUGUGAUACAUCUGCACUGUCAUUUUUAAUACCAGAGAGAUUAGUUAACGUGGACUUUGUAGAAGGUAUGCGCAAACAAAUAAAGGACGAUGAUUGAUGUUUACUAGCAGCCUUGUUGGCAAUAUCUGACAAAGUGAUUUUAAGCCCUUAUGUUAAUCUACGACAUACAGAUUUUUCCAUUCUUCGAUUCCUUGUAAAUUGGACUAUGAUCAUAUUUUGCCAGUGAUCAUCAGUGAUACAUUUAUAAAUACCCAGUUAUAAAGCUAAAUGAACAAGCACAGUACUCGCCUUUUGGGAUACAAACCUGAUUCAAUAAAAAAGUACCUUUUGAAAGUUGCUAUUGGAGUGGAGGUUGAAUCACUGUCUGUGGUUAGCAGACAUAAUGCUGUCUCUAACUCCAGAACUGGUUGCUAUUUCUGUAGUUUAUUUUAAAAAAAUAAACAAAGGAGCUUAGAAAUGUUUAAAAAGCAGUGAACAGGAUCAGUUUUUUUUUUUUACCCAUUUUAUUUUAGUACAUAUUCAUAUUCUAUCCAUAGUAUGGUAUUGAAUUUUCAGUUUUAAAUUUUAAGUAAAACUUAAAGAUCUUCACACUUAAAAAGAGGCCAGGACUGUCAACCUGACCACUCUUGUAUUACUACUGUAUAGUAUAUCACCCAUUCAGUGGCAAUUAAAAGAAACUAGAUUACAAAUGAGAUAAGGUGCUGUUUCUCAUUGAAAUGUUUGCCAGAGUUUGUUGCUCAGUUAUUUACUUCAUAUUUACUUCACGUAGUGUUUAAGACUUUGUACGCAUUCUAAAUGGGUCUGUAACCUCUCAAUGAAGACACUAAGUUAUUUUCUGAAAUGUAUUUACCUACCGAACACAUUAAAGAAGUUUGCCCGUCAA